CCUCCUGAAGAGCAAGUCAAAGCUACUGCUGCAAUGGAGAGGCUAAUUUUGUUGUGCCUGAAAUGCAUUAUUUUGAGUAUCGCCGUCGAGGCCGUGUUUGAGGAUCAAGUGGGGAAAUUUGACUGGAGGCAAAAAUAUGUAGGCAAGGUUCGUUUUUCACAUUUUGACACACAUUCUCAGUCAUCAAAAAAGGUGCUUCUGGCUACAGAGAAGAAUGUUUUUGCUGCGCUCAAUACCAGGACUGGAGAACUACUUUGGCGACAUGUGGAUAAGACAGGGCCAGAGGGAAAUAUUGAUGCUUUUCUGCAGCAUGGACAAGAUGCGUUGCUGGUGGUAGGCAAUGGCCGGCUGCUGCGCUCCUGGGAGAUAAAUGUUGGUGGUUUAAACUGGGAGAUUGUACUGGACUCUGGCAGUUUUCAGUCAGCGUGUUUGGUUGGACAGCAGGACACAGUGAAACAUGUGGCUGUCCUGAAGAAAACUGCCAUUUCUCUCCACUACCUUUUCAAUGGUCAUCAAAAAUGGAUAGAGAACCUUCCAGACAGUGAAACAGUGGACUACCAGGCUGUGUAUUCUGGUGGAAAUGGUGAAGUUUACGUACUGGGAGUCGUUCCUCAUUCCCACAUUACUAUUGUUGCUUACAGUGUGGAGGAUGGUGAGAUUAUCAAACAGGUCUCAGUUGAAGCUCCGUGGCUAUCCAACAUACAGGCCAGCUGUGCAGUAGUGGGCCAGGGGAUGUUGACAUGUGUGGACUCAGCAACUGUGUCCCUAUACAUGCUUGACUUACAUGUACAAUCACAGAUGACCCAGAUUCCUCUGCAGUCACUGGGACUCCAGACUGCCCCCGGCUUCCACCCAGCACUUGUGUCCACUCAGCCCAAUCCAGCUCGUCCGCCACUGUCAGAAUUUUUACUUCAUCUUGGGCCAGAACAUUACCUGCUUCUCCAGCUAAACAGUGGUCUGAUCGUUACACUCAGGGAUUUCAAGCCAGCAAUGCUGGUUUCCUUUGCUACCACUGGAGAGAAGACAAUUGCUGCUGUCAUGUCACCCAAGAAUAAAACUGCUUGCAGUGUUAAUCUCUUUAGUGCAGAAUCUGGACGCAGACUUCUGGACACAGGUCUGAUAUUUAAUAUGGAUCCUAAUGGUGGGAAACCAGAGAAGCUGUAUGUACAGGCAUUUCUCAAGAAAGACGACUCUGUUGGCUACAGGGUUAUGGUGCAGACAGAGGACCACACACUUACAUUCAUACAACAGCCAGGGCGUGUAAUAUGGACAAGAGAGGAGGCCCUGUCAGAUGUGGUGACAAUGGAAAUGGUGGAUCUGCCCCUCACAGGAACGCAAGCAGAGCUGGAGGGAGAGUUUGGCAAAAAGGCUGCCAUUCAAGAUGGCCUGUUGUCUAUGGUGUUGAAGAGGCUCUCCUCUCAGUUCAUCCUGCUACAAGCCUGGAUCUCCCAUCUCUGGAAACUGUUCUACGAUGCACGGAAGCCUCGCAGUCAGGUUAAAAAUGACGUGACCAUUGAGAACCUUUCCAGAGAUGAGUUCAACUUGCAGAAGAUGAUGGUCAUGGUUACUGCAUCUGGGAAGCUCUUUGGGAUUGACAGCAAGACUGGCAGUAUUUUAUGGAGACACAACCUGGACAACAUUCCAGCUCAUGCGGCCUUCAAACUAAUGGUGCAACGAACCACUGCGCACUUUCCUCACCCCCCACAGUGCACGUUGCUCAUCAAAGACAAGGACACAGGCCUGGCCACACUCCAUGUAUUUAACCCCAUCUUUGGAAAGAAGAGUCAUAUCACACCUCCAACUCUGCCUCAGCCAAUACUUCAGUCUCUCAUCCUGCCACUCAUGGACCAGGAUUAUGCAAAGGUUUUACUUCUUGUCGAUGAUCAGUACAAGGUGUCUGCUUUUCCUUCUACAAAGAAUGUUCUGCAGCAGCUUCAAGAGAUGGCUUCGUCCAUAUUCUUUUAUCUUGUUGACUCCAGCCAGGGCCGACUUUCUGGCUACAGGCUACGAACGGACUUGUCCACUGAGCUGAUCUGGGAGGUCAUCAUCCCAGCUGAGGUUCAGACCAUUGUAUCUGUGAAAGGGAAAAGACCCAAUGAGCAUGUGCACUCCCAGGGCAGAGUGAUGGGAGACCGUAGUGUCCUUUACAAGUACUUGAACCCUAAUCUACUGGCCGUGGUUACUGAGAGCACAGAUUUGCAUCAGGAGCGCAGCUUUAUCGGGAUCCUAUUGAUUGAUGGUGUGACUGGUCGCAUCUUCCACGAGGCCAUUCAGAGAAAGGCCAAAGGACCGGUGCAUGUUGUUCACUCUGAAAACUGGGUGGUGUACGAAUACUGGAGCACCAAGUCUCGCAGGAACGAGUUCUCUGUAAUUGAACUGUAUGAAGGAAUGGAGAUGUACAACAGCACUGUGUUCAGCUCUUUGGAUCGGCCGCAUGCUCCUCAGGUGUUGCAGCAGUCCUAUAUUUUCCCGGCCUCUAUUUCUACCAUUGAGGCCACUCUGACCGAGAAGGGCAUCACCAGUCGUCAUCUGCUCAUUGGCUUAUCAUCGGGAGGGAUUUUGUCAUUACCCAAGAUGUUCCUUGACCCUCGUAGACCAGAAAUAGUGUCUGAGCAAAUCCGUGAAGAGAACCUGAUACCAUAUGCGCCCGAGUUACCAAUCCGUACAGAGUGGUUCAUCAACUAUAAUCAGACCGUAUCAAGAGUACGGGGGAUUUACACCGCUCCCUCUGGGCUCGAGUCGACCUGCUUGGUGGUGGCAUAUGGUCUUGACAUCUAUCAGACGCGUGUUUAUCCCUCUAAACAGUUUGACGUCCUAAAAGAUGACUACGACUACAUGCUCAUUAGCAGCGUGCUCUUCGCUCUCUUCUUUGCCACCAUGAUAAGCAAACGCCUGGCAGAGGUCAAACUGCUCAACCGGGCCUGGCGGUAAAGUCAUGGUCAAAAUCCCGUCUCUGUCAGCCCCGGGGCUGCACAACUUCAGGACCUCAGCCCGAGGAGAUGAGAUGGCUGAGGCCGUGCCUGUAGAAGUGCAAAGGUCACAGUUCAAUCAGGCCCACAGGCAAUUGUAAGGGGUGAGGGGACUGUGGGGUGGGGGUGACGAGGGGGUUAGAAAGUUUUAUGUGUUCAUUUUUAACUUAUUUUGUUGAGGAAUAAUUUCAUAAUACAAUAAUUGUUUUUGUGCCAUGGCAUUUUGAGUAAAUGUUUAACACAUGACUAAUGACAAAUUAAUGCAACGUAAUUGGAUUUAUUAAAUGGUAGAGUUUGGAAGUAAACAUGUGACAGUUGGUGUCUAUGCUCUCCAAAACCUAUUCAGGACAAAAAGCCUUUUUAGAUGAAUUUUUUCUUUUUUACAGUCAAUAGGAUGGCAAAGCUGCUGAACUGUGUCAGCAUAAAACCUUUCUUGAAACUGAUGCUGAAACGCAUCGGUACAGAUCGAUCCUUGUUUUUUUUGUACUGUGCUACAGUUUUUGUCCUGUUUGGUUUUGUGCCUCCUUUUUAGAGGCAGAGCAUGUGGUGGAAUGUUGGGUCAAGAGAAGCGUACUAGUUUGUCUGUGCACUUUUUCUUGUUUCCAAAACAAAAGCAUCGAUGGAUUUUUUUUUUGUUCUAUUGCUUUGUUGGACAGAUCCAAUGAAGAGUGACAAUAAAAGUCAAAGUGAGGCAAGAGAGACAUACAACUUACAGUACAGUUUACUUUGGAACAACACCACAGCUGUGUGGUUUAAACCUGCUGAGAUAUUUAAAUGCCAUUUGGCAAAUAAACGUUGAUUAUUAAAUGUGAGAAGAAAUGUAGCAUGGACAAGAAGUGUUUUUUCUCCCGCCAAAGGCACUGUUACGUCUACACCAUCACAUCAUAGACCAAGGAAAAUGAUCCACAGUAGCCUAUAUUUUAUGAUUUGUACAUCAAUGAUUCCUACAGCACACAAUCGUGAGCUGCUUUUGAUCCAAUGUCCAUUGUUGAGCCAUUAAAAUUUAUUUCAGAAAUCCA